AUUGAAAGCAAUCGCUGGCUGAGAUAUGUGAUCGCCGAGGUAGCGUUCAAAUAAUCAACAUAUGGAGAAAAGGGAGAUGCGUUUGUGGCCAGUUCGAUUGUCAGGGGAGAAAAGCGAACGGCGACAUGACGUGCAGCCGCAUUGAAGGGACGUAGCAGACGACAGCUCCGUAGUGUCGUGUUUAAUAAUGUCUGUGUUAGUAUUAAGCACAUAAAGUGUUUCAUAUUAUGUUUAAAACUGUUUUGACAUAUUUCACACAAGCGUACGCUCAUUUAAAUUAUGAUUUGAUCGGCUUACUGUCACGUGACCUAACGGACCUAACGUCAACAGCGUUGUUGUGUUGUCAUGGCUAUCAUGGCGCGUUGGUAACCUCUGCCGCUGUGAUGUGCUUGUGAUAACUGCAUACGGCAAACUGAAGACGAAACCUACAAGACUAGUAAUUUUCGGGUGCCACUGUUGGACCCGUGCAGCACAAUGACUUGUUUUGAUGUCUCGUAAGAGCUCGCUAACAAUUCCAUGCCUGGCGCUUCAACGGUGCAUCUUCACCGCAUGCAAAAAUGUGGUCUCCGAAAUUUCUUGGGCGUUCUCCUCGUGAGUGUUUUAAGAACAGCAGGGGAAAGUUUUUGCACCAUGACAGCUAUUCCGGUUGGAUUAUUCUCUAGCAAGGUACUAGAGGCAUGGAGCAAGUUUAGUGGGGAAGCUGGGAGCCUAACUCAACAAGAUCUCUUCCCAUUGUUUCACACAUUGGAGAUCUACCCAACUGAAUCACAAGUUCAUGAAAUGUGGCAAUGUUCUCACACCCAUAAUAGCACUUUCACUGUGGGAAGCUUCUGUUUCUUCGCUUCGGAAAUGAAAUAUGCGCACGAAAGACGGUUAUCCAGAUCCCAACCUCUCUCAAAGUCUGUAAAGGAUGUACGUAAACUUCUCAUGAAAAGGAGGUCAGAAUCUGUGGAGAGCUCGUAUGAUGUUUUCCUUGGCGGUUCUUGCAAUCCCACCACAUGGAGGAAAGAUGUUGCUAUACCAAAACUCAAAUCAUAUGGCAUCUCGUACUACAAUCCACAGGUGACUCAGUGGAUACCUGAACUGAUUGAACUUGAAAAUCAAGCAAAAGAGAAUGCUAAAGUCAUGAUGUUUGUUAUUGACAACCAGACGAGAUCAGUUGCUUCUAUGAUAGAGUCGGCUCAUAUAGCGGGCACCCGACGCAAGCUGAUCCUUAUCCUCACCGAGCAGUCACCGCCAGGCAGUCUAGUGCUGGGUGAGCCUAUCUCGGAGAAGGAGUACCGGGACCUGCAGCAGGGCCGCAACUACUUGCGGGACUUAGUGGAGAUGCGUGGCAUACCCGUCUUCCAGAGCAUGUCUGAUGCCCUGGAGGUGACCAAUCGCUGCCUCAAAGAAGAUCUCUGGCCUCAGGAUAUCCGGGGCCGCCAGGACCUUGUCCAAGUGCCACACCUCGCCCUUGGUGACAAGUACCUGAAGGUUCAAGAAGCAUUCAAGAGCUUCUCUUCAGAUGACGGGAAAGUUCGCAUAAGAGAUGUUAAAAUGGCAUUCAAGGUGCUAACAGCAAGAGAUCUCCCGCAAGAAUGUUUGGAGGUACUCAGAAGCAACCAGCAGCCUGCUGUGGCAGACACCGUGGUUGAAGGGGAUAUGGACGACAUUCCCAUCACAUUUGAUCAGUUCUGCCUCAUCCUGUCAGAGUUCAAGCAUCAGGCCAAAAAUGGCACCUGGCUUACAGAGUUCCUAACUUCCAUCCAGCGUCUCUUCAGUCAAGUAUAUGAUCGCAUUGUUCCAAGGUCUGCUCUUUCUGGUGGAGUAACAGAUGCCCCAUUACCACCCUACUGGAGUCAUGUUUACCUUGGAGGCUCCACGAAAGACUGUAGUUGGAGAGAUGAGAUCGCCAUUCCACUUCUCAAGAAACAUGGACUGACACAUUCCAUCCCAUUCCGCUCCCCUUGGAAUGCUCGCCUGAGUCCACUUGAAAUGCACAUCAUCAACAGUGCUCAAGUUUUGCUCUUCGUCAUCACCAAAACUGCACGCUGUGUAGCCGAAAUGCUAGUGGCUGUGCACUACGUUGGCCAAGGCUGCAACGUCGUCCUUUGUAUUCAGUACCUGGAAAGUGAUGUGGUCAUUGAUGGAGAAAAGCUCUCCGAACUGGCAGUUAAGGACUACAACCGUGGACGGAUGUACCUCUCGGACUUGGCGACACGAGCUGGGGUUCCUGUGUUCAGUGACAUAAGUGAGGCUGUACUGUGCGCUGCAGAAAGGUGCUGAAGCAACCGGAUCUGACAACAGUUGUUCCAAAUGUCCAAAACCAGCCCCUUCAUGCUUCACCAUUUUUAAUUUUGACAGCGCUAUCAGAGUUGCAGUCUGUUUGCCUUGAGCUGUCUUGUAAAUGUGCUCAUCGAGAAGUGAAACUGAGAACCAUCAUGGUAGUGUAAAUAUGAACAUGCUGAAGUCUGUAUAGUCAUUUGUACAGUUUCAUUCCUGCAAUUCACACAAUGAAAACAUUGCAGUCAUACUCAAAAUAAAGUGCAUUUAACAGUG